UCGGAAAUCCAUCGUCGAAGUAUGAAGCUCCAAACUCAGAUGCUAAGAAGUUGAACGCCAGUAAAUAUCAAUUUGAGACCUGAAUUCGUAAUGGCGUUCCAUUUGAAAGACAGAGAAGCCUACGAAAGACUGAACUAUCUGUACCAGGCUGCUCACUGCGUCUUAUCUCAAAACCCAAACAACGUGGAGCUGGCUCGGUUCUACUGCUUCACACAGAAAACGAUAGCAAGACGGCUGGUUCUCAGGCAAGACCCAUCGGUGAAGAGAACUGUGUGUAAGAAAUGCUGCUCACUGCUCAUCCCUGGUGUUACUGCCACAACAAGACAGCGGAGAAAAAACAAAAAGAAUCGUUUUACUGUAGUGAGAUGUCUCAGCUGCGGCCAGACCAAGAAUCUACUGAAUAAUCCAGAUCAUUGUUUGUGGGCGGACCGACCUGAGGCGCAGCUGGUGCAGCGGAAACAAUCUGAUCCAGGCUCUUCAGCUAAAAAUCAGCCUAAAUGCCCAAAAGCUGAUGGGUCCCAGUCUUCGAAAACACUUGAUGCUCAGAGUUCUACCAGCACAUAGUUUGUUGUUGUUUUUUUUUGUUUUUUUUUUUUUCAAAUAGAAAGCAUAAUUUGGAUAAAUCCAGUGCUAAGAAGUUUUUUUUUUUUUUCAUUUAAUUUAUUUCACUGAAUACAUGCUGCAAAUUGCGCAUUUUUUCCACAAGUUUUUUUUGUCUAAAUAUAGACAACAAAGAUGAAGCUAAAAAAAAAUUUUCUUUCACAUUUUUUCCAAAUAUUUCACAUGAUGCAUCAUCCAUUGCUGUUCAGUUAAAGUAAACCUCUUCUAACC